AUUGGCGUAGUACUCUUACGCAGUCUUGUAGUGCGGAAUGCUUCUUCCUUUACGGUAGGUUGGAGUCUCUAUUACAACUGUAACGUUAUAAAUCCUCUAACAACAUCAACUGACUCAUAGACAAAUGCCGCGUGUCUGUGUGGAUUAGGGUACAAAAUAUUUGGAGGUACCUUGCUGUAACAAGAUUGUCAGUCCAUUUGUGGGACACAAUGUCGUCUUCCGUUCCUUUUCACACACAGCUCACCUCCAUUAUGGAGGUCUUGAUGAACGCGGCCGUGUCAGAAAUAUGCGAACUUGUGGACGAUGGAUACGCCGUUUUACACUUGGAAAUAUCUCGAAGUCAAAAAGAAAAUGACGUUUUGAGGGAGAAGUUACAUAUAAUGGAGACACGUAAUGCGCAUGGACAUGGAAAGAAGUCAGUUGGCCUAGCUCACGAGCGCUCCAUCAGAAAUCACCUCCCAGUGAGACCAGUCCUCAACUUGGAGACGGGUGAAAAUCGAUAUAACGGGAGUCCCAUGGGGAAAGAGUUGAACCACCUUUGCAACGAUGAGGAGCAUCCAAGCAACGAAAAUGAAGAUUCUAUAAAACAGUCUUGUGCUGUCAUGAAGUCUAUGGUGAAGGACAUGCGUAAGCCUGGGUGCAUCCAAAUCAAAGAGGAAAGACUGGAGGGCACCAUAAGCCUACACAAUUACCCAAUGAUAAAGGGGGAGAGCAGUGUUGAAUCAGGUGCUGAUGAAGACAAAAGAGAUGUGAUUGGGCACACUCAGACCGACAGUCUCUUUGAGGACUAUGAUUCUCACAUCAACGCAGACCAAGAAAGUGAGAGCACGUUCCAGAAGCUUCAGCAUACGAACGUUGCACACCACGUACAGAGGCAGGGAUACUCAGGCUUGUGGACACCAAGAAGCACUGAAACAGAUUCUGAGGAUCCAGCUUGCUCUUAUGCUGCAGAAAUGAGCCCCACUCGUGUCACAGCUCACACAAAGCAACAACGACAGACUUCCGUAGCUGAGGAAACGUUCGCUGUUGAAUCUCACAAUGUGAAACCAGAGGCUGCAAUGCUUGAUUCUGGACCCUAUGAAGAAAAAUAUCAAUCUAGCAGUAAUGAUAAUUAUUAUGAUAAUGAUAGCAGUAAUGAUUUGCAUCCGCAAAACAGCAUCUCUUCCGAGGCUAGUGAAAACUUUGGAAAUAUUUUCUCUAACAGUCAAGAAAAUAUGAGAGAGAACACCGCAAGGUCAAAGGUGGGCAUAGUCCAACGCUACAUGGCAGGACAUACAAUUCAGCACAGGGUUGGCAAGCGAGAAAAACGGUUUGUUUGUGGCUUCUGUAGAAAAAGUUUCACUUGUCCAAAGUAUCUUCAGUCUCACCAGCGGGUUCACACAGGAGAGAAACCCUUCAGCUGCUCUCAGUGUGGGAAGAGGUUUGGCCAAGCCGGUUAUCUGAAGAAACAUCAGAAUGUCCACACGGGAGAGAAACCAUUUGUUUGCCCACUGUGUGGAAAGCGGUUUGCGGACUCUAGUAAUCUCAUCAGACACAAGAGUGUUCACACAGGAGAAAGACCCUUCAUCUGCAUACAGUGUGGGGAGAGGUUUGCUGCGAAAGACAACCUUAGAAUUCACCUAGAGAGAAACCAUUCUGGUUGCUCAAGUGCUGGAGAUGUGAUGUCACCGAGUAUACCGUGAACACGAUUAGUCAUGAAUAAUUCAGCAUUUUAACAUUUUUGACUGAACUCGUUUUGUCUUUAGUGGGCUAUUUGACAUUUACAGUUGAGGACUAGUUUUGUAACAAAAUGAAUGGAAUAUAUGAAAGGUGCAAUAAAGGUUUUUCAGAAUUG